UUGUUGUUUCUUGCUCGUUUCCUCCGGUCGUUCUUGCACGACCGUGUCACUGGAGUUUGCCGUGCGCGUAGGUGAAGGUUCGGGGCAGGAGAGGGGGGGGCACGGUGUGAACAGGAGGAAGAAGACUGAAGAGGACAUUAGGCGGUGGUUGUGGAGAGAGAGAAGUUCCAAAAGAGAUUUUUCAACGAAGUCUUCCGAAUAAGAACAACGCCCUCCCCUCCCCCCUAGAGAAAAUCCUUAUAAAAAUUUCCACAGAGCGAGAGAUAAAGUUGCUGUGCGACAGGGAAGAAGAGCCUAACAACUCCCCUCCCCCUUCCCCUGUCAAGUUGGAAACAUUCAUCAAGCAGCCCACCCAACGACCUAACCCCACCUUCCCUCCUUUAUAAUAACCCCUCCCUCCUCCCAUCUCUCCUAGCUUCUCAUUGCACUGCACUUGCUCCAUCAGGAAAACCAGCACAGCAAACCAGCCCUCCUGAACCUGCUGCCAUGGAUAGUUUCCUCAAGAAGCUCCUGCUUUGUGCUGCCCUGCUCGUGUUGUCCAUGGUGGCGCCGUCCUCGGCGCAGACUUGCUCCAGCUACACCUUCUCCAACAACAAGUUGUUCAGCUCCUGCACCGAUCUGCCUUACCUCAGCUCGUUCCUGCACUGGACUUACGACUCGGCGACGGGCACGGCCCAGAUAGCCUACCGGCACGCGUCGGUGGACACGUCCAAGUGGGUGGCCUGGGCCAUCAACCCGACCGGGUCCGGCAUGGUCGGGGCGCAGUCGCUCGUGGCGUACCAGCAGUCCAACGGGACCAUGCUGGCCUACACGUCGCCGAUCGCCGGGUACCAGACCAGCUAGGAGGGGAGUCUGAGCUUCAACGUGUCGGAUCUCUCCGCGACGUCCACGGGCAGCGAGAUCAUCAUCUUCGCCACCAUAGUCCCCCCGAACAACGGCGCGGUGAACCAGGUUUGGCAGGACGGCCCGCUCUCCGGCGGGUCCCCGAGCGUGCACGCCACCACCGGCGCUAACGUUCAGUCCAUGGGGACGCUGAAUCUCGCCUCCGGUCAGGCAGGGUCAUCUGGGGGUAGCAACUCGAAGAUAAGAAAGAGGAAUACGCAUGGAGUGCUAAAUGCUGUGAGCUGGGGGAUUCUGUUGCCGAUUGGCGCCAUCAUAGCCAGAUACUUGAAGGUGUCCAAAGCUGCGGACCCGGCAUGGUUUUACCUCCACAUCGCGUGCCAAACCUCAGCCUACAUCGUCGGCGUCGCCGGAUGGGCAACUGGUAUCAAGCUCGGCAGCGACUCGCCCGGCAUAACUUACUCUGCCCACAGGACAAUUGGCAUUGUUCUGUUCUGCCUCGGCACAGUUCAGGUGUUUGCUUUGCUUCUAAGGCCCAAGAAGGACCACAAAUUCAGAUUCUACUGGAACGUCUACCAUCACUCCAUAGGCUACGCGGUGAUCAUCCUCAGCAUCAUCAACAUAUUCAAGGGGUUUGACAUCUUGAAUCCCGAUAAGAAGUGGAAGCACGCAUACAUCGGGGUGAUCGCGGCCUUGGGCUGCGUUGCGGUGGCUCUGGAGGGAUUCACAUGGUACGUGGUCUUGAAGCGGAGGAGGUCGCAGGGCGGGUCGAAGGUGCCUCACGGCAUGAACGGAUCCAAUGGCUACAAUCACAAUGGAUACGGUGCGAGGCCACACCAGGAGGCGUAGAGAAUGAUUUAUCAGAUGGUGGCUGCGGGUCCUUUUGCCCCUCCUUUUCAUGUUUAUUUUUCCUCCUCUUUCCUGGCUUGGGUCUUAGAGUUCACAGUGAUGCAUACUAUGUAAAUUUUUAUACACGAGUUCAUUCAGCUACAUGUUAUGCUUGUUGCGAGGGAGUUCUAGGAUAUAGCAGUAAUUCUUUCAUAGCUUUUCUCUGUCUCCUCUGGAUUUUUGGCGUUCCCCCAGGUUUCUUGGGACCCUGUACUUUCCUGUGUUAUUACUGAAUCCCUCCAUGCCUUCUUUGCUUUCUAA